AUGUCUUCUCCAUGCGCCCCUCGAAGUCUGCUGCUCCAAGAGCCCACGCCGGAGCUCUUUUCAUCACCACCUCCACCGUCCUCCGCGACUGUUUGCUCUCGCAAACCCAAACGGCCACCGCCUAUCACGCCCAAGCGCUUUACACGCUUCUUCACCCCGCGAAACUCCAAAGAUGUCUCAUCACGCACCACCCUCACGAGGUCGGGUCGCCAACUACAAGACAUCACACGAUCUGCUCUCAAUCGCAGCCGGGAGACGCGGAGCACCCCACGCAAGACAGUCAACUUCGUCGACAUCGAGAACCCAAUGCGAACCCCCCAGAGCAGCGCGCGGAAGCGGAAGAUACCCUACCUGUCGCCCGCUAGCUCACCAGCCCAGUCGUCACCGUCGAAGCGAUCGCGUUACGUCACUCCACCAGAAAUCGAUGUACUUGAAGACGGGCUCGACUUGGAUGAUGAGGAGCCUGCCAUACACCCUGCGCCUAUCCGAAGGUUAACAACACUGGGUCGGCCGUCGAGAACACUGCAGCGGUCGUUCGGUGGGAUACUGGGCGUAGGAAGAGGGUUUCGACGAGACCAUGGCGCCUCAUGGCAAGACCAGGCAGCCAAUUUCUACAGUGGCGCAGACGACCUACAUCAGUUGUCGCAGGGCGCGCCGCCCUUCUGUACGGCCAGUUGCAACACCAACUCUAUGCUCGCUAUAGGCGAUGAAGACGGAUACAUCCACCUACAAGACUCCGAAGGUGACUUCUCCAAGCCCCAUGUGUCAUGGAAAGCCCACUCCAACGCCAUCAUGGACGUGCAGUUCUCCUCGGACGACCUACACCUCGCCGCCGGUUCGGGAGAUCAGACUGCACAGAUUGUCGAUGUUCGCACCCAGCAAACUCUUGCUGUGCUGGCGAAACACAAGUCGUCAGUAAAGCAAGUCCGCUUCCAGCCCGGCGACGACAAGAUGGUAGCGACGUCAAGUCGAGACGGUGCAGUACAGAUUUGGGAUCUCCGAUGCAAGGGCAACCAAGGCUCAAUACACUCAGCCUGGGGCUCCGAUGCACCGUAUGCCAGUGUUGUACGCACGUUGGCCUCAGCGCACGCGGACAUCAGUCUCCCGACAUCCACAUCGUCGGCCACCCGAUCACUCUCCAACAGCAAAACCGAAAACAUCAGCCGACGGAACGACAUUUCAGUGACAGCGCUUUCGUUCAUGCCCGCAGGCCGCGAACACCUACUCCUGACCGCGUCAGACGCAUCGACAUGCGUUAAGCUCUGGGACAUCAGAGGCCGAUACUCCCUGCGAGGGCCUGCCAUCCCCAUCGCAACCACCCGCCAUCCCGAAUCCCACAACCGCCACCGACACUUUGCCAUUAACUCUUUGACUCUUAGCGGCGAUGCAUCACGACUAUACGCCCUCAGCAAAGACAACACCGUCUACGCCUACUCCACAAGCCACCUCAUCCUCGGCGUAGCACCAGAGCUCUCCACAACCUCCUCCUCAAAACAGAAAUACUGCGGUGUAGGCCAAGAAGGCCUAGGACCCAUCUACGGUUUCCGACACCAGAACUUCCACGCCGGGUCCUUCUACGUCAAGGCAUCCUUACGCAAAGCGUGCGAAGACCGCACCGAGAUGCUCGCAGUAGGCAGCACAGACGGCUGCCCCGUGUUGUUCCCCACCGACGAAAACUUCCUCAAACGCGAAACAAGACACGGAGACGACGCAGACGAUCUCCCUGAUAUGACUAGCAUUGCCGCGAAAUCCGCACGACCCACGCUUUCCCGCACAUCGACAAACAGCCGCUGCCCAGACACCAUCCCCAUAUACGAACAUGGCACAGCUCUCAUACGAGGACACGACGCAGAAGUCACAAGCGUAUCAUGGGCGCGUAACGGCAGCUUGAUCAGCGUGAGCGACGACUUCCGCGUCCGACGUUGGAAAGAAGGGAGUCAAGCUAGAGACCUCCGCAUGGGUGGUGAGAGCGAGGGAAGGAGGUGGCAGUGCGGAUGGGCCGCUGUAGGAGAUGGAUACGACGACGACGAGUAG